AGGGGAGUAUGGCUGCGUUAAAAGUUUUUCUACGAUCGCGCAGUCUGUGUUUACAUUCGCUUUGAAUCGUAAAGUUUAACAUCGAUAUAAACAAUCACAAACUGACUUUGAAGUGAAAUAAAGUUUUUACCAGUUAUUUAAGUGUGACAAAUGAACUGUGUUACUGUGCUAAUAUGACCGAAAACUUUUCUGGAAUGAUUUCAUUAAAAGUUUGGAUGUGCUUGGCCGUGGUGGCCAGUGCGCGCGCACGCUCCGCGCCGCCCGCCCCCGCCGGCUGUCAGUGGGAUUAUUCGGACACAAAGUUGAGUGAAUCUAACUUUCUCACGUGUAACAUCAAAACCAUUGGCUCUGCUGACUUCUUGUUUAAAAACAUUACCACGGCGCAGGCGUACAAUAUCAACAAGUUGAAGUUGACAUGCACUGAUUUACUAUUCUUCGAGAGCUCGCUGCAUAUGAAUACCGGCAGCUUUUUGGGGCAGCUGAGGAAACUUGAAGACCUGCGCAUUGAAUACUGUAAAAUACGUUAUGUUCCGGCUACUGUUCUAUCUCCGCUACGUGAUUUAACAAGCUUGACUCUUCGAUCAUUCAACACCGAUUGGCCAGCAAUGACAAUGGAAUUUCACGCUGAAAGUUUUCGGGGUUUGAUGGAGCUGCGUUCUUUAGACUUAGGUGAUAAUAAUAUUUAUAUGUUGCCUUCAGAAGUGUUUUGUCCACUUUUUAGUUUAGAAUCAUUAAAUCUUACUAACAAUAGAAUACAAGAUAUUUCCGACAUCGGUUUCUCUGAUUGGGGUAAGGGGCCCAUAGCGCCCGGUAAAUCAUGUAAUACAGGACUAAAAAUGCUCGACUUAUCUCAUAAUAAUGUGUUAAGACUUCCGGACAAUGGACUAUCUAGCCUAAGGUCAUUAGAAGUAUUGAAUAUUCAAAAUAAUUUAAUUAACGAGAUCGGUGAUAGAGCGUUCGUAGGAUUGAAUUCGUUAAAGAUUUUAAACUUAUCUGGGAAUAAAUUAGUUGCCGUUCCUCCAGAGCUAUUUCAAUCUUCACGUGUUAUCAAAGAAAUCUCAUUAGCGAAUAAUUCGCUUUCUGUUUUAGCUCCGGGACUUUUAGAGGGACUUGAUCAGUUGGAGAAAUUAGAUUUAUCGAGAAACCGGCUGACUAAUGAUUGGGUGAAUAGAGAUACAUUCGCUGGCCUAAUUAGACUUGUGAUACUGAAUUUAUCUUAUAACUCACUAGUACGUUUGGAUCCAAAGUCUUUUCAAGACCUAAAUAACUUACAAAUCUUAAAUUUAGAUAAUAAUAACAUUGAGAUAGUGAGCAAUGGCGCUUUUGCCGAAUUAAAAAAUCUUCAUCAGCUUUCAAUUUCGGACAACAAAAUUAAAAUGUUAAACGAGCAUAUUUUUUCGAAUUUGUUUGUUCUCAGUCAAUUGUAUUUGGAUAAUAAUCUUAUUUCUACUAUUCAUGAACGGUGUUUCGAAAAUAUAACUUAUCUACAAGACUUGGGCUUGAAUGGUAACAAUUUAAAUAAGAUACCCGAUGGAAUUCGGCGAUUACGAUUCUUGAAAUCGCUUGACAUUGGUAAAAAUAACAUUACAAAGGUCUCUAAUACGUCGUUUGAAGGUUUAGAAGAACUUUACGGCUUACGUCUCGUUGAUAAUCAAAUAACAAGCAUACCAAAAGAUACAUUUAGCACAUUACCCUCGUUACAAGUUUUGAAUUUGGCUUCUAAUCAAAUAGAAAGCAUAGAGCAAGAUGCAUUUACGUCUAAUCCCACCUUAAAAGCGAUUCGUUUAGAUGGAAACAAGUUAAAUGAUAUUCGUGGCGUUUUUAACACACUAAAUACUCUCGGUUGGUUAAAUAUAUCCGAUAAUAAACUUAUAUACUUCGACUACAGUUAUAUGCCGACAAGUCUUGAGUGGCUUGAUAUUCAUAGUAACAAUAUUACAAAACUAGAUAAUGAGAAAAACGUACAACAAAAUAUUCGAAUGCUCGACGUUAGUUACAAUGCUUUGGAAAAUAUAGAUGAAAGGUCUGUACCGGAUUCUAUUGAAGUCCUUUUUAUAAAUAACAACAAAAUUCACACGAUUCAGCCAGGUACGUUUAUACAAAAAAGAAACUUAGAAAAGGUUGUCGUGACGGAUAAUAAAUUGAGAAUCGUCGAACUAUCAGCGUUCACUUUGCCCCACAUACCGAAGCAUAGAUUAUUGCCAAAGUUUUUCAUUGGAAACAAUCCAUUUGUUUGCAACUGUCAUAUGAUUUGGUUACAAAAGAUUAAUCUUUGGAACCACAUGAGACAAUAUCCGAGGUUUGUAGAUUUAGAUACUGUUACAUGCGAAGUUGUAAGCAACAAAUAUGGGGGCAAAGCUAAUUUAAUGGAUGUCCCUGAAUCACAAUUUCUUUGUUCUUAUGAAACUCACUGUUCAUCAAGUUGUUUUUGUUGCGAGUUCGAAGCUUGUGACUGCAAAAUGACUUGUCCCGAAGGAUGCUCAUGUUUCCAUGAUAGUAAUUGGAACUCUAAUGUUAUCGAUUGCUCUAAUGCUGGAUAUACUGAAAUACCUGAGAAAAUACCCAUGGAUGCAACCGAGCUCUAUCUUGACGGUAAUGACUUUGCAACUUUAGGUAGUCACUUAUUUAUCGGAAAGAAAAAGUUGCAUAAACUGUAUCUAAAUAAUAGUAACAUCGUGACCAUAGAAAAUGACACUCUAAAUGGCCUCCAUUCGUUAAAUGUAUUGCAUCUUGAAAAUAACCGUAUAACAGAGUUGUCAGGUGGAGUAUUUUCACAGACAAAACACUUACGAGAGUUAUAUUUAAGCGAUAACCUCUUAACAAGUGUCGCUAACUCGACUUUCAAGUACUUGCCAUCUCUCCGAGUUGUACAUCUAGAAGGAAACAAAAUUCUCGACCUUGAUAAGAAAUUGAUAAGUAAUAAUAAUUUAGAAAGUGCUGUUGUACAAGGAAAUAUUUUCACAUGUACUUGCAAUAACGUAAUGUCCCUUCAAAGUUGGUUUAAAAAAUACUACGAAGAUCCCGUUGAUAUGUUUUGUGCAGAUGAACACGGAGUUGUUACAAAUUUAACGGUAUUCGAUAUGAUGGAUAAGUGUCGUGAUUCGAGUAUAAUCGAUAACACAAUUCCAACAGAAAAUCAACCUUAUCAAUACGAUGAGAUUAGUGCUAUAAAGCUCAACUUUGUUCCCUUGCUAGCGGUUGUUCUUAUUAGUGUAAUUCUUAUAUUAUUGUUCGGUGCGUUAGCUUUCUCUUUUAGGCAAAAUGUUCGCCUGUGGGCACAUUCUAAAUAUGGAGUUAGGUUGUUCAAAAGCGCGUCAAUUCAGGAAAGUGAACUAGAUAGGGACAGAUUAUACGAUGGUUACGCUGUGUACAGUUUAUUAGAUGAUGACUUUGUCUCUAAAGUAGUAGCGCCGGAAAUGGAACAUUCCGGUUACACAAUGUGUUUUCAUUAUAGGGAUUUACAACACGCGCCCGAGAAUUAUCUCGCGGAACAGAUAACAAACGCAGCAGAAUCAUCAAAGAGAAUAUUAGUCUUUGUAUCUUUUAACUUUUUGCAAAACGAGUGGUCCAAAGUAUCUUUCAAAGCGGCUAUAAAGAAUGUCAUCACUUCUAUUCACCCUUCCAUUAGACGUCACAGAGUGGUGUUCAUUUUAACAACCGAUGUUAGCGCACUAAAUUUAGACGUAGAUUUUCAAAACUAUUUAAAAACUUGUAACGUCCUACUUUGGGGUGAAAAGAAGUUUUGGGAAAAAAUUAGAUUUGUCAUGCCGGAUAUAUCUAACUUACAAUGGAAUAAAGAUAAUUUGAAUUACAACCAUGGCGUGUGUCCUAAUGCAAGACGGCAUCCAUCUAGAUAUACAGCUUCUCCCACGGCGCCGGAGCUAUGGUACAAAUACGACGCGAUCCCACCGCAAACUCUUAAUAACGUCAAUAUUGGUGUCAAUAUUGAAGAUGAUACGUCAAUGUUGACUAACACAACAUUGACAAGUCAGGUUCAAGAUGGCGAUAACCCGCACCACAGUUAUAUUUCAAUAGACACUCAAAAUUACGAGCAGCCGUAUGGCGGCCGGCCGAGGCCACCGAAUUCAUUGCGUAAACAUCCCGGCCACAUCUCCCCAUCCAUGCUCGACGAGCAGGGUUACUUACAGCCCCGCUCCUCGGUGCACGAGUGCUUGCCACAAACCCAUUCGGCCGCACACAGAUGAUGAUAACACGCCCCUAAACAUACGUUAUCUCUUAAAGAUAUUCCUUUAUGGAACAUCACAUUCCAAACACAUGUGUAAACUAAUAUGCUUUUAAGUUGGCCAUGCCUUAAAUAACGUGAUAAAACUUGUCAUGGGUUAUAUAUUUCGGCCGAAUAAGCAACUACACUGUACCGUGUCUAUAACUUAUAAA